AUGGAUAUGAACAUGGAUAUCGAAGAGACUCUCGAAAGAGAUAGAACUUCCACUCUUAGACAAGACCCUACUAUGAUAGACUCAACAGUUUUAGAUCCAACUGCUAUUACCACAAAGACACGUAGGGCUCAAGUAAAACUUACUGGUGAAAGGUUGAUGGAUUCUGAACGUGGGUUACCUUAUUUAAUGAAAAUUGGCAAAAAAAGAUUACAUAUAUCCAGUAAAAAAUCAAACUUUGAAAAUUUAUCAAGUAUUAUUCGAAUAUAUCAAUUAUGGGCUCAUCAAUUAUAUCCAAAGGCGAAAUUUAAUGACUUUAUCAUAUUGUGCCAACAGUUAGGGAAAUCUGAUAAAAUGUUAAGAGAGUUUAGGAAAAAUGUUAUUAGAAAAGAAUUAGGAAUAUCAAGUGUAGGUAAAAAUGAAAAUACUGUAAGUACUACUCCUGUUACUACCACACAUAACACCGAUAAUUCCAUACGACAUAGCGAUUCUAAUAGUACAAAUAACAUAUCUCAAAAUUUUGAACAGAAUAAAAUUCUAACAAAGGAAACGAAUUUAACUAUUGGCAAUACAGAUAAUGGUAAUAAUAAUAAUAACAACAAUAUUAAUGAAGGAAAUGUAUCUGUUUUUCAAGUUAAAUCUGUAUUUGUACCAGAAGAAGAGGAAGAAGAAGAAGAUGACGAUUUAUAUUCCUUAUCCGCACUAUCUAACAAAAGAACUCUGAAUAUUGAACCAUCAAUGUCUUCUCAUCGUGAUGUUGAAAGGAAUGUGAACCUUACGACUGAGGAGGAGAUUCAAAAAUUAGAACAAGAACAAUUAAAUGAAACUAAUGUUUUGAAUAAUAUUCUAAAUAAUGACAAUAGAUAUAACAAUGAAUUUGAAGAAGAUGAGGAAGCGUUGGAAGCAAUGAGAGAAUUUGAUAUAUAG